AUGGCACGAAGAUACAACGCCAGCGUUUUUAGGCUGGAUCCGUUCUCAACCAAAAUCCAACAAGGUAUCUCCGAUGAAGAGUUGCAUACCACACCGGUGGUCACGUCCCCUCUCACACAUGAUCCAACAUGGGAUGCUAAGGAUCCACUUGGUAUAUCCCUUUCGAAACCUGCAACAACCUCGUUGCCGGACAUCUGUCACGCCAGAGAAAAAAAGAUAACGUACGUGGCGGCCGGAGAUAUCUUUUUUCAUGUGUCGCCUACCUAUACCUCAUACCUCCAGUUGUCGUUUCAUCUCGAAGACGACUCCGCUCCAGGGGGUCGUAAGCAGACGUGCAUCAGAUUGACUCGAGACACAUGCCUGAAGCUUGCCCCUAUCAAGAUCAACAAGGAACUCUAUUCUGAGCUCUUGCCAAAGACUACGCCAACCUUUACGAGCUACAGUCAGUUCCCCCUCUCCGUUCAAUAUGACACUGGCCGAUUCUUCUCCGAAAACAUGUUCAUAGAGUCGCCCUCUCACUCUUUGCUACAUCUGCAGAAGGCCUUCAAGUCAGCCUCCCGUCUUACUGUUUUAAUCGAGGACACAACUUACCAUUUUCGGCAAGACCUGGAAUCGCUCAUCACCAAAUUUCGAAUCUGGGAGGGUACUUAUCCCUUGCAGCCGCAGACCGCUUUUCUCGAUGGUAAAGGCAUGUCCCGGGCUUUAGCAUCCAACCCAGAGGAGCCAGCUAGAGCAUCUUUUUUCAGCUCGAACGACUACUUUGCUACACUAGGUGUCGGUACUAAGAUAUUAAGAGAAGCGAAAGAAAAGGCAGACCGCGAGGAUUUCGAGUGCGCCAUCCACGUUAUCAGCGCAGAGGAAGGAGACCGCAACCGCUAUUAUGCGAUAUUUAAGGUACCCCGGGACCAGGGGCGGUUGGCCGGAUUCUCCUCUGGGGACCGUGCCACUGUGGCCUUCAAAGAUGACAAUGGAGCAACAAGCUGGAGUAUGCAUGUCAUUGAACCAAUUCCAUGGUCUGGUAACGGCGUUGUGACGGCGUGUCUAGAGUUUGGGAAGGACGUAACAUCUCCGAGACGUUUACGCCUCACUCCCGUCCCCCGAGGUCGUGGUGGUUCCGGCUUCAGGAAAAUUCUGGAAGGGCCUGGUCUGAAAGCGACUGUGUGUCCAGAGGCCCGCCACAGCGAGUUUCCCUAUAUCAUGGACGCUUUCGAUAUAUUGCGCUCCACAUUACCAGCUGCCAGGCCCGGCUCAAUGGGAAUGGCAGUGUGCCGAUUUCUUGUGGGCAACAAGCCUGGUAGCAUUCCCAAGAAAGACAUCUAUGGGUUGCUAGCCAACAAAGAUCUCGCAGCCGAGCAAAACAUGGAUCUCAACGAUGGCCAGAAGACCGCUAUAUCUAUGGCCAGGUGUGCGCCGGCUGGAUUUGUCCUCUGUCAUGGCGGUCCUGGUACAGGGAAGACCCACUUUGUGGUUGAAGCAGUCAAGCCGUUUCUUCUCGAUGGUGCAAGAAAGCAUCACGUUUUGCUGACUGCGCAGGGGAAUCGUGCCACCGAUGCCUUGGCGAUCGGCUUAGAGCGCAGACUACAUGGACUCAUCGGCAGCGGCCAGGUUCCCAGAUCCCAAUACCUAGUGCGCUUGCAUAGCAUCAAGACCGAAAGAUCAAUCUUUUUACGAGGCGCACUCACGUCCCGACGCGAGAAGUUGCGGAGCGGGGCAGCCCAGGCUCAGAGUAAAACAGGUACCAAGGCCGUUGCCAGCCUCCCACGCCAGGAGGAAGAAAUCAGGGCACAUUGUCAAACCUUUACUGCUUGCAAAUACGAGUUCGUAGAUGACAAGCGUGUAGAGCACUUGGAACUCUCGGUCGGACACAGGAUGCGGCAAAUUGCAGGUUUAGAACCGGAUGGCCCACAUUUACUGGGGGAGGACUUGUUUUCCGAAUUUGCAGGACUAUAUCAACGAUUCAGUGACGGUAAGGAACUACACGACGAUGUCAUGAUGCUUUUUCAUACGGGGAUUGAGGAGUUGAUGGCAUACACUAUCUCGAACGCGGCGGCUGUUUGCGCCACGGUUGCUGGUGCUGCGGAUGCCGUCUUCACCAAGAACUACUCAGAGGCUGAGUUGAUCGUGGUGGAUGAGGCCUCGCGAAUUGCGGAGUACUACUGGUGGCCAUUACUCGCUUACUUCCCAAACGCAGUAGGCAAGAUCAUGGUGGGUGACCACUUCCAGCUACCACCGAGGGUAGAUGAAGACAUUGAGAUGCGGAACCCAUGCCAGCCUCAACUUGAGAUGUCCUUACAGGAACGUGCUCAGACAAUAGGCAUGCGUGCGGCAUUCUUUACCGUGCAGUAUCGGGCUAUGCCCGAGAUUACCGAAAUCUACAGCAAGGUCUGCUAUCAGUCUCGCCUCACGAGCGAUCCAUCAACAUACUUGGAGAGGCGACCUCUGGCUGGCGAAAUUGUGCAUCAUAACACCGUCCACUACGGGAUUGCCAAGCCGUUGAUCUUCUUUGAUAUUCCGAGCGCCGUGCAGAAAAAGAGCGGGAGUACAAUCGUUUGCGUCACUUACGCCAACCUGGUCCUGCGAAUCCUACAAGGCCUUCUUACAGCUGGAUUUGGCUCAACAAAGCCUUGCACAAUCGCUAUCCUGGCGCCAUACAAGUCUGAGCUAAACAUGCUCUGGGUUGCUAAGAGGGAAAUGGCCGAGGAGGUGAAAGGAGCCGCCGCUGCGAAGAAUGUGUUUGUGGAAACGGCGGAUAAGGUACAAGGUAUGGAGUAUGACAUUGUCAUUGUUGAUCCAGUGGCCACGCACUUCCCAGGGUUUUUGACCAUGCAGAGACUCAAUGUCCUAUUCUCGAGAGCGAAAUAUGGACUCUACGUCUGCGGCAACCUCGAAGCAUGGAGGAACAUGAGAAGAGAUGGUUCUGAGUGGAUUCAAGCGUUUGGCAGUGCACUUGCGCCGCAUGCCACCAAAUUGUCGGAUGCGGAAUUACGUGGGUCGGUCGUGGUCAGCACCGACUGGUGA